AUGGGCGACGACGCGCGCUCGUACUGGGACGCCUUCGUCGCGUGGUUGCGCGCGCUGUUCUUCGGACGCGAGAUGGAGAUCGUCGUGAUCGGGCUGCAGAACGCCGGGAAGACGUCGUUCAUCGACGCGCUGAGCGGCGGGACGUUUGAGGAGGAUAUGAUUCCGACGGUGGGAUUCAACGUGCGGAGACUGCGUAGGGAUGGGGUGAGCGUGAAGACGUGGGAUCUCGGUGGACAGGAACGGUUUCGGGGAACGUGGGAACGGUACUGUCGAGGCGUGGAUUGCGUGGUGUACGUCGUGGAUGCGGCGGCGAAGGAAUUGUUUGAGACGGCGAGGAACGAGCUGCACGGGUUGCUCAAGAGGGAGACGCUGCGGGAGAUUCCGUUGUUGGUGCUCGGGAAUAAGAGCGAUUUAGAGAGCGCGGUGCGCGUGCAGGACGUGGUGGAGGCGAUGGAGCUGAAACGCGCGACCGGGAGGGAGGUGUGCUGCUACAACGUGAGUUGCAAGAAUUCCACAAACAUCGACGUGUGCCUGAAAUGGCUCACCGCGCACGCGAAAUAG